GCCAGGGCAAGAGCUGCUCCAGAGCCCUGGCCCAGUGUGGGAGCCCCAGCAGGGAGGCUCUGGAAAGCCUCAGCCCCGUGGCCGGCGCUUCCCCUUCUGCGGUUUCUUUUCCAGCUCAGCGGAACUGGGUGAUCCUGACAUAAUUUCCACACCAUGCUGCCCUCACUUUCUUUCUUUGAAAUCCUGCACCCACCCCUCGGAUGGGGAUAAAAGGGGAGCUCAGCCCCAAGGAGCACAGAGAGUCCUGCAGCCUCCCCAGCUCCUGCUCCUGCUCCAGCUCCUCUCCCAGAGCUCACAGCACCAUGAAGGUCCUGGCAGCCACCCUGGCCACUCUGCUCCUCCUGGCCACCUGCUCCCCAUCUGAAGGUCACCUUGAUGGUGUCCCCAGCAGCUGCUGCUUCAGCUACCAGAAACAGCCCAUCCCUCGGCGCCGCGUCAGCUCCGUGUUCGUCACCAGCAGCUCCUGCACCCAGCCGGGCGUGAUUGUGAUCACCAAGAAGGAGAAGCAGGUGUGUGCAGAUCCACGGGCACCAUGGGUGAAGGAGCUCCUGAAGCACUUCCAGAGCCUGCAGAACUGAGCCUUUCCUGCUGACAGCCACACCCUGCACAACUGAGAGGAUUUGACCCCCAGCCUUCUUCAACGGAGAAAAUUAUUUUAUUUAACUUAUUUAAGUUAAACUAAAUAUUCUUUUUCUAAGCACAAUUAUUUAAACUGUCUCAGAAUAAUACAC